GCGUUGCCAUGGGGACGGAGCUUGGGUGGCAACCAGAAGUAGGGAGCUGGUGGAGAAGGUGGCGGCUGCUGGAAGGAGGCUGGGGAGGUGGCUGAGGGGUCCAGGCAGCGGGACGACUCUGGCCUUUUGAGGACCGGGGUGGGUUCUCUCUGUAAGUCUGGGGCGGAGGCCACGGGGCCUUGGCUGGGGUCCCCGGCCUGGCGGUGUCUGGCGCCUCUUGCGGGGCACUCACCCGACCCGGGCCUUGUGGGGCCUCGGGCGGCCCCAGGAAGACCUGAGUUGGAGGCAGAGUCCGCACCUGGGCCUUAAUACCCCUGCAGAGCGACGGACCUGGCACCCUUGCCCCAAACCCUUGCGGCUCGAACCCGGCCUUCCAGAUGCGCCGGCGAAGUUGGGCUCAGUCAGAAGCUGGUGGUGAGAGUCCUCGACUUGAAUCACAGCAGUAAUUUUUCAGCUAGAGAAACUAAGUGCCAGAGAGAUCUCUUUCUUACUAGCAGUGUCAUCUUGAAGGAAACUCUACAGAGAAGGAUGUCAGAUGCAGAGGAAGCCCCCAGAGAAUCGACAGGAAAAAAUGGAGAAACAGAAAUAGAAGAAGAGGAGGAACCUAAUCUAAAUUAUAAAGAAGUAGAAAAUCCGCAAGAGGAAGUGAAAGAUGACACAUUAGCAUGGAGAGAGUCUCAGGAGGAGGAGAAGAAAAAGGGUGAGGAGGAAGAGGAGGAGGGGGAAGAGGAGGGGGAGGAGGACAAAGAGAUUGUCAUGGAAGAAACUGAGGAAAAAGCUGGAGACGCCCAGGAGGAGGAGGCUUCAGGAAUACAGAAAGAAACCGCAGUGGAGCCCCAAGAAAUGAAAAGGUCCAUGACCAGUUUGGAGACACGGAUUACCGAUUCCCAGUCAGCCACAUCGGGAAUUUUCCCAACAACCCAAAGAGGUAGCGAGUCAAAGCCUUCCUUACGGUCAGAGGAUUCAGAAGCAGAUGAACUGGAAUUUCUGGAUUUGGACCAAAUCAGUCCUGAGGAACAACAGAUGAGUUCCCCUGACAGGCAGCCCUCGGGAGAGCUUGAGGAGAACACCGACCAGAGGCCCCAAGAUGAACUGGGACGAGAAAGAAGGGACUUGGAGCCAGAAAAGAGAGAGGAGGGACAAGAAAGGAGCGCAUCCUCUAUCCAGUCCAUAGCAGGGAUCUCCAGGGAGUCACUGGUGUCCACCACCACAGAGGACAUUUUGUUUCAAAAGGAUAAAAAUGCCCCGGUGUAUCCCUUGACCUUGACCUGGUCGUUUGGAUGGAACAGUUCUCUUCCUGUUUACUAUAUUCGAGAGGAAAAGCAGAGAGUUCUUCUGUAUGUUUGUGCUCACACUGCGAUCAUCUACAACGUAUUCAGGAAUCAUCAGUAUCACCUUCAGGGCCAUGCCAAUAUUAUCUCCUGCAUCUGCAUCAGUGAAGACAGGCGGUGGAUCGCCACAGCAGACAAAGGGCCAGACUGCCUGGUCAUUAUAUGGGACUCCUUCACAGGUAUUCCUGUGCACACGAUAUUUGACAGCUGCCCCGAAGGGAACGGUAUCAGGGCAAUGGCCAUGGCCCACGACGCCAAGUAUCUGGCAACCAUCUCAGAUGCUAAAGUCCAGAAGGUGUGCAUCUGGAAGUGGACUUUGGCAGCGGAAACACCAGCAUGUACCCUCGAACUCCCCAAAGAGUACGGUUUGCAGAACUACCUUACUUUUAACCCAACAAACAAUAAAGAAUUGGUGAGCAACAGUAAAACACAGGCAAUAUAUUAUGCAUGGUAUGAAGAGAGAGAUACACUGGCUCACAGUGCCCCACUUUUAACAGAAAAAACCUUCAACAAGCUUGUGGGAAAGUUUAGCCAGUCCAUCUUCCACUUGAAUUUAACACAAAUGCUGUCAGCCACGAUGGAAGGGAAGCUGGUUGUCUGGAACAUACACCGCCCACCGUCAUCUGCCUCCACGUUUUUGGGCUUUCCCUAUAUCAAGCCUUGUAAAUUGGUUCAUUUGCAGAAAGAGAGUAUCACUGUGCUUACUACAAUUGAUAGCUACAUUGUCACAGGUGACAUUAAGGGUAACAUCAAGUUCUAUGAUCACACCCUGACCAUUGUUAACUGGUACAGUCACUUGCAACCGAGUGCCGUAAGAACUCUGUCCUUUUCAAAGACCCCAGCAACUCCUCCUACUGAAAAAUCAAACUAUCCUCCCGACUGCACUUUAAAAGGUGACCCUUUUGUCGUCAGGAAUUUCAUCAUUGGAACAUCUGAUGCCACCGUGUACCACUUAACAACAGAUGGGACCAAACUUGAGAAGUUAUUUGUAGAGCCCAAGGAUGCCAUUUGUGCCAUCUCCUGCCACCCAUAUCAACCCCUCAUUGCCAUCGGGAGCAUCUGUGGGAUGAUCAAAGUGUGGAAUUAUGAAAAGAAACGAUACCUUUUCAGCAGGGUCUUUGAGAAGGGGCUUGGAGUCCAGAGUCUGACCUAUAACCCAGAAGGAACCCUUCUUGGAGCUGGCUUCACAGAGGGAACGGUUUGCAUUCUUGAUACAAUGUCUUUAGAAAAUGAAAGCCCAGAGCCUUUCAGAUACUCCAGAACCAGUGUGACUCACAUCAGCUUUUCCCAUGACUCCCAGUACAUGGCAACUGCUGAUAUAAGUUUUACUGUGGCAGUUUAUAUGAUGGUGGUGAGAAACGGACGAAGGGUCUGGGAGUACUUAGCAAGACUUCGCUCUCAUCGAAAAAGCAUCCGAAGUCUCCAGUUUGGGGUUUACCUGGACAGCAAUGAGCCUAGACUGCUGAGCCUUGGGACAGAUAGGCUGCUGAUAGAGUAUGAUCUUCUCAGGAGCUACAAAGACCACCUGGAAGUCCUGGACAUUCACCGCACCGACCAGGGCUGCUACCCCACCUGCAUGGUCUGGUACCCGCCACUCACCAGGGAACUCUUCUUGCUCAUCUGCAACAGUGGCUACAAAGUGAAGCUUUUUAAUGCUACCACCAAAAUGUGCAGGAAGACGCUUAUGGGGCCAGCUUAUGGUUCCCCGAUUGAGCAGGCACAGGUCCUCCCGGUGAGAAGCAUGGCAGAGCUGCCGAAACGCUACUUGGUGUUUAUUAACAGAGACAAGGUGGGACUGCAGAUCUUACCAGUGGACGGCAAUCCACAUAAAACAACUGCUAUUGUCUGCCACCCAAAUGGGGUGGCUGGCAUGGCCCUUUCCUAUGACGGCCUCUACGCAUUCACCGCAGGGGGGCAUGAUCGCUCAGUGGUCCAGUGGAAAAUCAAUUUAAGUGUCCUGGAGGCAGCGGUUUCUCUUGGGGGUGAAGACUUGACCCCAUUCUACGGUCUGCUGUCUGGCGGCCGGGAAGGAAAAUUCUACAGGGUAACUGUUCCCAGGGAGCUAGAAGACUACUUCUACUACUCCCAGCUCCGCAGUCAAGGCAUUGACACAAUGGAGACCAGAAAGGUGUCGGAACACAUCUGCCUGUCAGAGCUGCCUUUUGUCAUGAGAGCAAUUGGCUUUUACCCAUCUGAAGAGAAGAUUGAUGAUAUAUUUAACGAAAUCAGAUUUGGGGAGUAUGUGGACACUGGAAAGCUAAUCGACAAGAUCAACUUACCAGAUUUCCUCAGAGUGUACCUUAACCACAGGCCACCUUUUGGUAACACCUUGAGUGGCAUCCACAAGAGUUUUGAGGUGCUCGGUUAUACCAACUCCAAAGGGGAAAAGGCCAUUCGAAGAGAGGACUUCCUGAGACUGCUCGUUACCAAAGGUGAGCACAUGACGGAGGAGGAGAUGUUGGAUUGCUUUGCUUCGCUGUUCGGCCUGAAUCCUGAGGGAUGGAAAUCCGAGCCUGCAGCCUCCUCUGUCAAAGGUUCAGAAAUUUGCCUUGAAGAAGAACUUCCAGACGAAAUCACUGCAGAAAUAUUCGCAACUGAAAUUCUUGGCUUAACCAUUUCAGAAGAUUCCGGCCAGGAUGGUCAGUGAAGUUAUUGGGAGCGUUUACAGCACAAAGGACUUUGGAUGUGUGUGGACGCACGUGUUAUGUUGUUCACGAGGCACUGCUCUUUAUGUAUUUCCCUCCCCCCGCCAUCUUUAGAACACUUAGACAUUAAAGCAAAUUUCUGGUGAGCAAUGGAA